CGGGCAGGCGGGCAGGCAGGCAGGCACUUGGUAGAGGGAAAAAAAGCAAGGGAAGCAAUCAUUUUGGCGGGGAGCCGGGCCCGGGCUGGGCGCACUCAUAAUGUAAGAGAGACCCACUUGAUAGAAUUGAAUGUGGCAAAGAGAGGGUUGCCAAUCCCAUCUGGAGGACAUAGAGAAUGAGUUCUGGAAUCGUAAUCCUUGAUAAAGAGCCCGCACGUGGAGACUCUGACACACAGCCAGUAGUACACGGCGUAAGGCCAACAGUGUUACACCCAUCUUCUUCUUUUCACUGUUACACAGGCGGGAGAAGGAGAAAGGAGAAAGGAGAAAGGAGAGAGGGAGAAGGAGCUUUUCAGAUGACCGUGAUCAUCCCCAUCCCGCCUUUGGUCUAAACAUUAUUAUUAUCCAUGUGUCCUAUAAGAUUAUGUUGGUUUCCGUAGCAGGAGAGGAGACUUACUGGGCACUCAUCCCUCUUUUCUUAUCAGUAAGAAAGAUUAGGGUUUUUGAUCAAGGCAGGCAGGCAGUUGCAGGAACAAGGGUAGAGUGGAGUCGUUCUUCGUGGGCAUGGCUAAGGAAGGGGGACGAGGGUGAUUCAGAUUCGUCGAAGGGGAAUUUGAUUUGAAUUGGGAUUGGGGUUGGGGUUGGGUCAUAUUUGUGGGACAAUUGAUGCAGCAUUAAGGGAUCGUCAUCUGAGGAGUAGGCUGAAUGUCGUGUGUCGGGAAUCUGCAGGAAUUGGGAUCGUCAUCCUAGUAUGGAAUCUGGAGACAAUGGGGGCCGAGGCAAGUUGAAUUUGGAGCCCGGAAUGCAACCUUUGCAGCUUCUGUCAUACAAGGAACGAGUGGGAGGAGGGAUGGUGGGUUACAGUACUGUUCAGGAUCGUGAUCAGGAAGGAGGGUAUUUCACACAGCCCAUGGCUUUGGGUCCUUCACAGGUGGAUGCUUCAUUGGCCAUGUCUGCCAAGCUAUGUAAUGAUAAUAGUAGUAACACCAACAAUAAUCACAGCAGCAAUAACAACAAUCUGGAGACCGCAAUUGUGCCCCGGACCACCGUGGAGUCCAGCGCGGUUGUGAAUGUCGACCCGGCGAAGAAACCGCCGGCGAAGCGGGCGUCGACCAAGGAUCGCCACACAAAGGUGGACGGCCGGGGGCGGCGAAUUCGGAUGCCGGCGACUUGUGCGGCGAGGGUUUUUCAGCUGACGAGAGAACUGGGGCACAAAUCAGACGGGGAGACGAUAGAAUGGCUGCUCCAGCAGGCAGAACCGGCGGUGAUUGCAGCGACGGGAACUGGCACAAUCCCGGCCAAUUUCCACACCUUGAAUGUCUCGAUGCGGAGCUCCAAUGCAAGCAUGUCGGCGCCAUUGAAACCGCCGUAUAAUUUCCAUGCCGGGUCGUUGAAUCUGAACGCGAGCGUGGCGUCGCGGUUGGACCAGAUUCGAUCACGGACGGAGUGGGAGAGAUCGGCGGUUGAGGAUCAUACGAGGUCUCAGGGUAUGAGUCUGUUAGGAAUUGGGCACCACACGGAUCAAACGGGCGUGCUGGAGAAUUUGAUAAACGACCCGGACCAACAGCAGCAGCAACAACAACAACAACAACCACAGCAGCAUCAUUUCGACCCGGAUUGUGGGAACUCGAGAAAAAGGCUGAGAGAAGAGCUGCAGUUGAAGAGCUUGCAGCAACAAUCCGCAGCGGGGGCUAUGUGGGCAGUUACUCCUGCAACUGGGUUGUCAAAUACUGCACAAAACAUGCCCGGUGCAUUCUGGAUGCUACCGCCGACGGCGGGUGUCAUGGGACACGGGCCAUCAGAUCCUAUCUGGACAUUCCCGGGUUCAUCAGGUGGGACAAUGUACAGAACUUCUAUGUCUACUGGAGGACUUCACUUUAUGCCCAGGCCUAUAAAUCUGAAUUCGGGUGCGGGUGGGGGUGCGGGGGCUGGUGCUGGGCUUGGACACAUUCCGUUCGGGUCGAUGCUCAUGCAAGGUGGGUCUGGCGGGUCUGGUGGGUCGCAGCAGUUGCCACCUACUGGGCUCGGAUUAGGAGGUGGGGGAGGAGGAGGGAAUGGAUCGGGUGAAAGUGGUCAUUUGGGAAUGCUUGCUGCUCUGAAUUCUUUCAAUGACCGGGCGAUCAGUAACAGCAGUUCAGACCAUCACUCCAUCGGAUCCGGAGCCCGAGAAGAGCGCCAAGAUAAUAACUCUCAAUAGUCUUUUCUUGAUCUUUUUUCCCUUUUCUUUUUUUCUCAUAAGUGCGCAAAUUUGGUCUAUAGAGUUUGAAUGAAAAUUGGUCAUGGCUCUCUAACAUAUGGGAUUUGUUCAUCCCCGACUCACUGACUCACUCAAAUGCAACAACAGUUCAAUAUGGGAUUUCUUUUUAACAAUAUGCAUCUGCGAGCGAGGAGCUCAGGAUCGAGUCAUAUAAGUUCGAGGUGCCCCUAGUUAUUAUUUGUGUCAAGCUGCUGCUGUCUUUUCUCCUGACGAUUUUUCGCUACUGAUUAGGAUUCCAGAUUUUUUAUUUAUUGGUUGUAAACUAAAAAGAAGAAGAAGAAGAAGACGACGAAAUAGGGUUACAGGUACAACAGAUAUUUGUAUGGGGAAGGUGUUGAAAUAUAGUGCGGUGCUGGUGUGCAAAGUGGUAUAAUUCUUUUUGUUGACUAUAACUAGCUAGCUAGAUGCUUGUUUUUUGCUGAAUAAGAAUGGAUUCUGAGUUCGGGACUGUCUCUCA